AUGAUUCACAUUUUUGAUAUUGGUAAGGUCCAAUCUUUCAUAUUUUCAGACUUCCUUGUAAGCCCGAAUUCAAUAGUUCAAACCCUUUCACUGUUCCAGGUGAAGCGCGACUGUUUAGUAAUAUUGCAAGAGUUCGGAAUUGAUUGGCCAGAGCCGUUGAAUUGCAGUCGUUUUCCAGAAGCACCGGAUUUGUGCAUGAAGCCAACGAACGAUCAAAAUAGCUACCUAGGACCUGAGCAGGUUGAUACGGAACAGCAGGAAGCAGUGAGAAGUCUGGAGAGUCGAGUAUUCUCGAGAGCGAUGCCAUCGUGCCCGCAUGACUUGGUCAAUCUGGAUCCCACCGAUCGUCGGGGCUUCUGUGCAUUUCAGUGCAAUCGCGAGGGGAUGUUCGAUGCUUCGAAAAAAGAGUUCGCUCGAUUCUGGAUGCUUUUAUGGGCAUCCAUAAAUCUCGGUGUUACUGCUUUCACUGUGCUCACAUUUAUCAUCGAUCGACAACGAUUUCGGUUUCCGGAAAGGUCUGCUAACUUUUCGAAGUGUGGCAUUCAAACUUACUGAAU